UGGUCCGUAACGAUUCAUCAAAUGAAUAUUCUGGUGAAAUUAGGGUUUAUGUCUCCAUAUAAGUUGUUCCCAAUUUCUUCCUCAUCCUUUCCGCUGCAGCCGUCUUCGUCUCUGAGAUAACAAGGACAUUUUUUUGGGUCGUUUAAAGGCAUUUUAAGGAGACAACAUGUCUGGUGAUGAGGCUGCUCCCGUUGUUCCUCCCGUUGCUGAGCCAGCGGCCAUCCCAGAGGACAUGGACUUGUUGACUGCAUUGGAGUUGACUCUUAGGAAGGCUCGUGCUCAUGGUGGUGUGGUUCGUGGUCUCCAUGAAAGCGCUAAGCUUAUUGAGAAGCGUUCGGCUCAGCUCUGUGUCUUGGCUGAAGACUGCAACCAACCUGAUUACGUCAAGCUUGUUAAAGCUCUCUGUGCUGAUCACAACAUCAACUUGCUUACAGUUCCAAGUGCCAAGACCCUCGGCGAAUGGGCUGGUCUGUGCAAGAUCGACUCUGAGGGCAAUGCCAGGAAGGUUGUUGGAUGCUCCUGUCUUGUAGUCAAGGACUACGGUGAGGAGACAACUGCACUCAAUAUCGUCAAGAAGCACAUUGAAUCUAACUAAGUCUCGAAUUUCAGAUGUUUUUCCAUCACAAUGCUGUUUUCUCUUGGUUUUGAUAUUUAAUAUUUAGCAGACAGCUCUCGAGAUUUGUUUGGAACAUGAUCAAGUUUUGCUGUUAUGUAGGCUCUACUCUUCCAAGGCCAAAUUUGCUUGCUUGAGAAUAUCGUUGCCCAGUUUUUUACUUUCACAAAAUUAAUGUUUGAGAUUUACCAUUUAAAA